AUGGAAGCAAACACCACCACUGAAGAAAAGCACGCCCCUGCUCAACCUGCUGUCACCACUGAAGUAAAUGAAGCAAAGCCAGCAAAAGAUCCUGGCCAAAUUGCAAUUGGAAACAACUUAGCAGAACACGUGCUCGGGAAGCAAAAAAAUCGAGCUCCCGCUUGAAAUCAGCAGCAUCACCAGCUGAUUCUCCAAAUGCCACAAAACAAAACAACAGCAACAACAUUUACCUCAUUCUUGGCGCUGGUGGUUUAAUUGUCUCUGCUUUGGGCAUCUGUUACCGUCAUGAAGCCAUCAUGUCAUCUUUGCGAGAAAAAAAUGAAUCACUGAAACCCUAGGCAGACUUUCCAGGCCCUCUCGCCAGGAUUCCCAAAAGAGUCCACAUUCGAGAGAUAGAUUGAAAUUUUUUGACUUAAUAGAUAAGGAUGCCCGACAAGAAGCUUGUUAAAACUGUUCUCGAUGCAACAACCCUUACCUGCCUGGCUGCAGACAUGGAGAAAAAAGCUGUUAAAGAAAACUUCUCCUCUAACCCCAGCAACAAUGCAAUGAACUACGUUAAGUUCACCGUCUUGAUGGUGGUAAACAAGGCUCUGAAGCAGUACCUAAAGAAUCAAAAAACACUCCCACAAAACGCUUAAUUUUGAAAGGUUUGUGUAUAUAUAGUAUGGCAAGUGUUGCUAUUAUGGCUGGUGGCAACAAUGCAAUGAACUACGUUAAGUUCACCGUCUUGAUGGUGGUAAACACGGCUCUGAAGCAGUACCUCAAGGAUCAAAAAAUACUCCCACAAAACGCUUAAUUUUGAAAGGUUUGUGUAUAUAUAGUAUGGCAAGUGUUGCUAUUAUGGCUGGUGGUGCUAUUCUUAAUGCUGUUGCUUUCAUUGGCAGCAAUUAUCUUGCUCGUUUUCUCUCCGGGGAUUCCUCAAAGGCUCCCUUUGAAGGAAAAUGAAGACAUGACGAAUCUCUCGAGGGUUACAAAGCCAGUUACACCAUAUAUGAAAAAGAACGAACUAAGCUGCUUGACUGGAUCGAAACCCGGCACGAAAUCAAAGAGCAGGCCAAGCAGAAUUUCAGAAACACCGGCUACGUUUUUAAACUGAACAACCAGGCCCACCAACAUGCGCAAAUUAUAAUGCCCAAGGAACCAAAGUUCUCUGACUUCCACCAAUUCCCUCUGCAAAAACAGGGGCGUUUUAAUUUUUUUUGGCACAAGUGCUCUUCCGCUUGGAUACGCCGCUUUUCAUUUUCUAUAACAUCUCUUGUAACCAAAACUCAUCAUUCAUACAUUUGAGCCUUUGCACAAUUUUUUUAUCAAAGAAAAUGAGCAACUCAUUCAUAACUUCUUUCAUUUCUUCUCUUGUCUCUGCAACUAUUUCCAAAACAAAAUUUUUUCUUGCAUUUCAGGGGAAGACGUGUCCCAGGGGGUGUCCACUUUCAUGAUUUUUUCAAAUCUUAAUCUUCAUUAUAUUUUCAAGCCUUUGAAAGUCUACUACAGCCCUCAAGGAUACUGGAAAGGCCUUGCCGCAAUCAAAAAGCUCGCCGCUGCAGCAAGUCUCUGAUGAUGCUGCCAAAAAGUGGGUAAUAAAGCAAACCCUGGCAAAUUCAUCUUCCCGCCCCAAAGCGCAUUCCUGGCCCCAAAUUCGAUGUACCCAUGACAAAUGCAGUUCAUCAAGCAGACCUUUUUUUAUCACAUGACAUUCAAGGGUAUGGUCAGGGCUGGAAGACUUACAAAUGUGCUUUGACAGUGGUCGAUAUCGCCAGCCAUUUCAAAGAAGCUGAACCAUUGACCUUGAAAGACUCUACUGAAGUUACAAGCAGUUUUCAAAAAAAUUAUUAA